AUGCAGAGCGGCCACGCGUCUCUUGGAUACGUCUCUUUUGAUUCCGCCUGGAAGCCAAAUGCGGCAAGUUGUGGCAGUGAUAGUAUCAACAGUCUGUACGAGAUGGACGAUGGCUGGAUCUGCAGGAAAUGUGCAGCGCAGUCGGCGAAGCAUCAAAUCCGUGUGGAUCGCGUACCUAUUGAGCUUCCGUUUGCUCUCCCUCCCGGUAUCACCACCUACGACGUGUUGCCUUCGAUUCUUCCCUUGCCGCUAGUCAACUUCUACACAAAGCAUGCCGCUGUAAAACUCAUUGAGCAAGCUUUGGGCCACAUUGAGCUUCUUGAGUGUCCUGGAUGUAAACAAGCCGUCGAACUCUGUGAACCA